GUGGAGGAAAAUCUGCAGAGGAGGCUGGGGGCGGUGGUAGAAAAACACAGAGACAUUGAACGCACCACGAACAGCGGCUCAUCUCAGGCAGCGACCCGGAAUACCGGCACCAUCUCCCGGUGUUUGUCCCGGAUCUCUCUGCUGCACGAGACUCUGAAGAAGCUGCACGGGACUCGCCAGACUCCUCCAGAUGCCCCCCGCCCCGCCCUGCAGACUCCUCCAGAUGCCCCCCGCCCCGCCCUGCAGACUCCUCCAGAUGCCCCCCGCCCCGCCCUGCAGACUCUCCAGAUGCCCCCCCGCCCCGCCCUGCAGACUCGUCCAGAUGCCCCCCGCCCCGCCCUGCAGACUCGUCCAGAUGCCCCCCGCCCCGCCCUACAGACUCCUCCAGAUGCCCCCCGCCCCGCCCUGCAGACUCCUCCAGAUGCCCCCCGCCCCGCCCUGCAGACUCCUCCAGAUGCCCCCCGCCCCGCCCUGCAGACUCCUCCAGAUGCCCCCCCGCCCCGCCCUGCAGACUCCUCCAGAUGCCCCCCGCCCCGCCCUGCAGACUCCUCCAGAUGCCCCCCGCCCCGCCCUGCAGACUCGUCCAGAUGCCCCCCGCCCCGCCCUGCAGACUCCUCCAGAUGCCCCCCCGCCCCGCCCUGCAGACUCCUCCAGAUGCCCCCCGCCCCGCCCUACAGACUCCUCCAGAUGCCCCCCGCCCCGCCCUACAGACUCCUCCAGAUGCCCCCCCCCCCCGCCCUGCAGACUCCUCCAGAUGCCCCCCGCCCCGCCCUGCAGACUCCUCCAGAUGCCCCCCGCCCCGCCCUACAGACUCCUCCAGAUGUCCCCCGCCCCGCCCUACAGACUCCUCCAGAUGUCCCCCGCCCCGCCCUACAGACUCCUCCAGAUGCCCCCCGCCCCGCCCUGCAGACUCCUCCAGAUGCCCCCGCCCCGCCCUGCAGACUCCUCCAGAUGCCCCCCGCCCCGCCCUGCAGACUCCUCCAGAUGCCCCCCGCCCCGCCCUGCAGACUCCUCCAGAUGCCCCCCGCCCCGCCCUGCAGACUCCUCCAGAUGCCCCCCCGCCCCGCCCUGCAGACUCCUCCAGAUGCCCCCGCCCCGCCCUACAGACUCCUCCAGAUGCCCCCCGCCCCGCCCUGCAGACUCCUCCAGAUGCCCCCCGCCCCGCCCUGCAGACUCCUCCAGAUGCCCCCCGCCCCGCCCCUGCAGACUCCUCCAGAUGCCCCCCGCCCCCGCCCUGCAGACUCCUCCAGAUGCCCCCGCCCCGCCCUACAGACUCCUCCAGAUGUCCCCCGCCCCGCCCUGCAGACUCCUCCCAGAUGCCCCCCCGCCCCGCCCUACAGACUCCUCCAGAUGUCCCCCCCGCCCCGCCCUACAGACUCCUCCAGAUGCCCCCCGCCCCGCCCUACAGACUCCUCCAGAUGCCCCCCGCCCCGCCCUACAGACUCCUCCAGAUGCCCCCCGCCCCGCCUACAGACUCCUCCAGAUGCCCCCGCCCCGCCCUGCAGACUCCUCCAGAUGCCCCCCGCCCCGCCCUGCAGACUCCUCCAGAUGCCCCCCGCCCGCCCUGCAGACUCGUCCAGAUGCCCCCCGCCCCGCCCUGCAGACUCCUCCAGAUGCCCCCCGCCCCCGCCCUGCAGACUCCUCCAGAUGCCCCCCGCCCCGCCCUACAGACUCCUCCAGAUGCCCCCCGCCCCGCCCUACAGACUCCUCCAGAUGCCCCCCGCCCCGCCCUGCAGACUCCUCCAGAUGCCCCCCGCCCCGCCCUGCAGACUCCUCCAGAUGCCCCCCGCCCCGCCCUACAGACUCCUCCAGAUGUCCCCCGCCCCGCCCUACAGACUCCUCCAGAUGCCCCCCGCCCCGCCCUACAGACUCCUCCAGAUGCCCCCCCCGCCCCGCCCUGCAGACUCCUCCAGAUGCCCCCCCCCCCCCGCCCUACACACUCCUCCAGAUGCCCCCCGCCCCGCCCUGCAGACUCCUCCAGAUGCCCCCCGCCCCGCCCUGCAGACUCCUCCAGAUGCCCCCCGCCCCGCCCUACAGACUCCUCCAGAUGCCCCCCCGCCCCGCCCUGCAGACUCCUCCAGAUGCCCCCCGCCCCGCCCUACAGACUCCUCCAGAUGCCCCCCGCCCCGCCCUGCAGACUCCUCCAGAUGCCCCCCGCCCCGCCCUGCAGACUCCUCCAGAUGCCCCCCCGCCCCGCCCUGCAGACUCCUCAGAUGCCCCCCGCCCCGCCCUGCAGACUCCUCCAGAUGCCCCCCGCCCCGCCCUACAGACUCCUCCAGAUGUCCCCCCCCCCCGCCCUGCAGACUCCUCCAGAUGCCCCCCGCCCCGCCCUACAGACUCCUCCAGAUGUCCCCCGCCCCGCCCUACAGACUCCUCCAGAUGCCCCCCGCCCCGCCCUACAGACUCCUCCAGAUGCCCCCCGCCCCGCCCUACAGACUCCUCCAGAUGCCCCCCGCCCCGCCCUACAGACUCCUCCAGAUGCCCCCCGCCCCGCCCUGCAGACUCCUCCAGAUGGACAUUUAG